AUGGCAGGGCAGGCAGGCAGGGAUGGCGCUGACGUCAGCGGCACGGAGCGGCCCGGCGUGAGCGUGCAGCCGCCGUCGACCGCGUCGUCCUCUUCGCACGCGCUGUCGUCGCCCGGGGCCACCGCCGCGGCACGCCCUUCUAAGCCGAAUCCGUUCGGGGCGGCGCGGCCGCGCGAGCAGGUGAUAGCGGAGCGCAAGGGCGUCACGGAGGCGGACCUGCUGCGCGAGCUCGCGUCCAAAGAGUGGCGCCCCACGGUGGUGCUGUCGGAGGCGCAGAAGGAGGAGCAGAAGGCGGCGGAGGCGGAGCUGGCGUUCGCGCGGGACGAGCUGGCGCGCGCGCCGGCGGGCGAUGAGGCGCGGCGCGCGGAGCUGGAGGGCGAGGUGAAGGCGCGCGAGGCCACGCUGCACGACCUGCUCGCGUCGUUCGAGGUGAGUGAGCGUACUCACCUCGCCGCAUCACCACGCCGCCAUGCCCCGUGCCGCUGCGCUCCUCAUUGCGCUUCCCCCCCUCUCUCCGCUCCCGCCCAUCAUCCCCGCCCCUCUGUCCGCUUUUCCUUUGCCUCCUCGCUUUCCACGGAACCCCCCUCCCCUCUCGCCGCGCAGAAAAUGGCGCUGGAGAAGCAAUCAGCCGGAGGGGGAGGGGGGGUCAGGCGCGGAGCGGAGCGGGGCGGGGCGGGGGGAGGAGCAGGGGGAGGGGGGCAUGCGCACGCUGCCCCGGAGUCAUACGGGGGGGGCUUUGGGGGGAGGCGGGGGAGGGAGGGGCAGGGGGGGGAGCAUGGGGGCGCGGGGAGCUAUGGGGAUGCGUGGGGCGGGGGAGGAGGGCGGAGAGGAGGCGGCGGAGGCGGAGGCGCGUGCUACAACUGUGGCGAGGUGGGUCACUUCUCCCGCGAGUGCCCCAAUGCCCCCGGGGGCGCAGGUUCGCGCUCAGGGGGCAUCCUCCCCAUGCUCCCCAUGCCCGCCCUGCCUCAUGCGCCUGCUGCCCUGCCCGCUCCGCGCGCACCCUGCGCCCCCGGAACUGCCUUCGCCACUGCGCCCACCGCGGCCGCCGCCGUUGGGGAGGAGCGCGAGGAGCGCCUCGACGGUGGGCGCGUUGGCGCUCUCGAGGAACGCGUCGAGGCGCGCCUCCGCGUGCAGCAACCACCAGCCGGCGCGCUGCAGCCAAUCGGAGGCGGCGAGGGGCAGCGAGAGCACGGCGGCGGCGGACGCGGACGAGUCGCACGCGGCGCUCUGCACGAUCGCGAGCGAGUCGGGCGGGCCGGCCGUGGCGUCGCCUCCGACGAGAAGCGCGUCGACGAGCAGGUUGUAACUGCCCGUCGCGUUCCUGCGGGCGGGACAGCGCGGGGAGGAGCGCGUGGGAGGCACAGAAAUGGGAAUCUGUCAAGCAACGGGGAGAAUCGUACCACGAGUGAAAAUGGGAGGAAGAGGGGGCCCCUUUUGCGGCCUAUUGCUUAA